AUGGUUACCAAAUCCAGCAUCAAAUCAAAGAAUCGACAGUAUAGCUACUCUGAGGUUGUCAAGAUAACCAAUAACUUCAAAAACAUCAUUGGCAAAGGAGGAUUUGGAAACGUGUACCUCGGCAAAUUGGAAGAUGAAAUUCAAGUUGCUGUUAAGCUUCUCUCUCCUUCAUCAAACCAAGGGUACAAGGAAUUUAGAGCAGAGGCACAACUAUUAAUGGUAGUUCAUCAUAGAAACUUGGUUACUCUUGUUGGAUACUGUGAUGACGGUGAAAACAAGUCGCUCAUAUACGAGUACAUGGCUAACGGAAACUGCAGCAGCAUUUGUCAGGUAUUUGCAAUCUCAAUUCCAACAUCUGGGAACUUCAAUAAGAAAAGUGACGUCUAUAGCUUUGGGAUUAUUUUGUUUGAGCUUAUAACCGGUCGCCCUGCAAUAAUAAGAGGUCCUAUGCGAAACAAUCACAUACUUGAUUGGGUUUAUCCUUUGAUUGAAAGGGCAGAUAUUCAAAACAUUGUUGAUCCAAGACUAGAAGGAGAAUUCAACACCACUUCUGAAUGGAAAGUUGUGGAAAUAGCCAUGUCGUGCGCACUGCCGGUUGCAAUCCAAAGGCCAGACAUGAGUCAGGUAUUGGCAGAACUAAAUGAAUGUUUGGCUCAGGUAUUCACUCGUGGAAGAAAUCAAAGGAUGACAACUGAGUGCAGAACUUCAAGCAUGCCACACAACACGUUCCAUUUGGAGCUAGAAUCAGAAAUUGCUCCCAUCGCUAGAUAG